ACGGGAUGUUCUUCAUCAUCAUUUUCACCAUGAUAAAAAUCUACAUGUACUCUUGUCUUCUUUCUGCUCUGAGUUUUGUGGAGAUGAAGAUUCUCAACAUAAAAGGCUGUGUUGGGGAAAGAGUGUCAUUCAAAUGCUCAGACUGGGACACUUUGAUUGAUGUUACAUCUAAUGAUAAGUACUUUUGUAAAAGUCCAUGCACCAAAGACAAACACAUCAUCAUCAAAGCAGCACCUGGAAAGAGUACACAAGGAAACAGAAUGCGCAUAAUUACCAGAGGAAAGGAUUUAUUUGUGACCUUCACUAAUCUCGAAAAGUCUGACUCUAAUACAUAUUAUUGUGGAGUGGAGAUUACAGGUCCUGAUGCAUAUAUAAAGGUGAUUCUUAAGGUUACAGAGGCAGAGCCUUCCAUUACCAAGAAAACUCCAGAAACAGUGGACACAUUUACAACUCUGUCAUCAGCAGUGUCAAACAGCUCUGAUGUGUCUGCAUCAAACACAACCCUGAGUACUCCGACACCUUCUGCACCAGCAACACAAGCAGCCGGAAGUGUACCGUAUUUAAUUGCUGGUCUUAUUUGUAUAUUCGCCUUAGUGAUGGUCGUGCUGCUGCUUACCAGGAAGCUGAUGAAGAGAGGACAGAGAGGCCUUGAUGUCAGCUCCCCACACGAGGGCAUACACAAUAGUGCACGGCCUGAUGAAGUCUACCAAUCCCUCCACCCGUUGACAAUGGAUGAAGACCAAGUCUACAGCUCUCUCACAGAGCGGUCUGCUCUCCACACAGCUUUACCACAACUUUAGAUCAUCACUGCAGCAGAAGAUAAUGAUUGAAUCUUUAUUAUAUGUAAUAUAAAUAAAAAUAAACAUC